AGUUAGUGUUAGCGGCCGCUCGCCUACUCCGUGCCCAGUUGGGGAAGGCGCUCCGAUGUGGUCACACGUGCGCUGUGUGCCCGUAGACAACUUCGCGAUCGCGUGUGUAAAAUCUGCGACUGAAAACAAACGCGUUUGAUAAAUUAAACUAUUUUUUUAUUAGUGUUACCAGUGACCAUGAAAUAUUUAGUGGUGAUUUUAUCUGUUGCGGCGUGUGUGGCGACCGUCUCCGCCGCUGCCGCCUCUUGUGCCCUCUCCGAAGAGUUCUUCGCGAGGCACAAUAUAUCAGCUGAUGAUCACAAUGAGCCAGGUUCUGUUUGUGGUGGGCAAUGUUGUGGAAGGGGUCGAGAAACAAAUAUGCAGCAUGUUCUUCGACAAACAGCAGCGCAGCGCGUGGCCAGCGCAACCAGGCCUAUAACAGAGUUGCUGUUGGCUACGAAGAGAACGCUUCAAGAACAUCUGACGGCACUAUCAUACCAGUCUCAGAACAAAACAGCCGUUCUGUUCUCCCAAUUAUAUCGGAAUCAUGCUUCACGAACUCAUACGCCUCUCGGUGCUCUGUAUGACGACAUCAGAAUUCUACUAAAACCAGGCCUUGAAGAUGAUAUAGAGGCAGAAGAUUUAAGCACCAUACCUCCAAAAGACUUGGCAACGGGCACGAAGAAGUUCUUUCGAGACGUGUUCCCUGUAGCUUACCAAAAUGUUCUUAGAUUGGACACAAAGCAAUUUACAUCGGAAUAUGAAGCAUGUUUAAAAGAUGCGUAUGAUGCGGUCCAACCGUUCGGCGAGGUGCCCCAACAACUAGGAGCAUCAUUGUCACGGUCACUGGAAGCGGCACGUGCGCUGCUCCAAGUGCUCGCAGUGGGGGCUAGCGCGCUCGCUGCUAGCGAACAAGUGCUCUCGAAUUCUAACGACGAGUGUUCUUCCAAACUGCUACGAAUGGGUGGCUGUUCCCGUUGUAAGGGCCACGAUGUCAGCCCGUGCAGGAACUAUUGUCUAAACGUUGCCAGAGGAUGCAUAGGCUCAUUGGUGGUUGAACUAGACGCCCCGUGGGCUGGGUACGUCGAAGGAGUAGAACGGCUAGCAAGAGCUGACGCAGAUACUGCACUGAGAGCUCUUGAAUCUAAGGUGUCAGAAGCCAUCAUGCACGCGCUCGAGAACCACGUGAUUUUGGAGAAGAAGGUUCGGCAAGAAUGUGGUCCGCCUUCGACACUGGACAUUCCUAACCUGACCUCACCUCGACCCACGCCUGGCGCGUCGAGACGAGAUGCUCUUCGUGCUCCUCCGCCAGAUACUGAGCUGCUCCAAUUCGCUGCGACCCUUGCAGCUAGCAAGAAGCUAUUCGCUGGUCUUUCUGACCGACUAUGUGAUGAACCAGACUUCGCAAAUGAUGGGAAUGAUCAGUGCUGGAAUGGUGAAACGAUUGGAGAGUACACGAAGGCUCUCGUCGCUUCAGCGUCGUUAAGUGACCAAAAAUAUAAUCCAGAGAUAACGGCGACCUCUAUUCAAGACUCGAGAGUAGCGGCUCUAGGCGACAGGUUGCGACAAGCUAGACAGUUGCUAGUAUCCCACUCUUGGGGCGGAUCCGCACCCGCAGCGGAGGCUUUCAUGCAAGGAGAUGAGGCAGGUGAUGAAGGAUCAGGAUCUGGUAGAAGUUACACUGAUGACGAUGCAGCGUACGAUGCUGAAGGCUCUGGUGAAGAAGGCUCUGGUGCAGAAGGCAUAGGAAGUAGAACAUAUGAAGAGACUACAUAUUCUUCGCCCCCGAGGACGGCUUCAGCAACAGCAUUUAGACCAUUCCUACCUUACAUUGUCAGCCUUGCGGUGAUCAGCAUCAGCGUCCGUUUUACCUAAACUAGUCCGAAACAUGAAAAACGGCCACAGAGUCAAGUGAAUGAACUACGUAAGAGUACCCAUAUCAUUUAUGUGCAGUGAUGUGUGAUAUGUGCGGACUACGAGUAGACUUGAACUACAAAUUAGUGUAGAUAUUACAUGAUUCGUAGUAUGGUAUCGCUGUGCAGAGAGUUUUGUUGUUCUGCAAUUAGGGACCUAUUAUUAAAACAUUCUGAAAUAUGUCAGUAGUUUGUUUUGCUGGAAUUCAUAUUGUUUUUGAAAUACUAAGGAAUUUGCAUUAAUAAUUUAGACUAUCAGAGUAGUUCGGUUUUCUUGUAGAACUCUAGGAAUUUGUGGCUACUUUAAUAAUAUGUCCCUAAUCAGCAAUAUUGCGAAAACGAAAGGCAAUUGAACCUUGACGGCGUAGUUUUACUACAAUUUUAACGUACAUACUUUUCCUGAUUGAAACGUUGUAUAUGUAUGUUAUAAAUUAUUAUCUGAAACGAAUCUCUGGCGUGCUACCGUUUAGUAGCGAUUUAAUGAGCUAUUCGUUUGUUUUGCAAUAAUAACGACAAAAGAAUAGUUUAUUAUAUAUUUAAAUGAAAAGACAUUUAAUUAAUGCGAAUAAUUGGUAUUAUUUAAAGAAAAAUAAAUAAAUUAUUGUUUAGAUAAUUGUAAGUGUCCUGCGUAGCUAGUCUGAUACUAGUGGUUAAUGAAAGCUUCCAAAUUAACUGCAGAGUAUAAUAGUGUAGGAGUUACGAUGAAGAGUUUAUUGAAAUAAUACGCAUUUAAAAGAUAUCAUUUUAAAAUGUAUUGUACAGAGCAUAUCAAAAUGUUUACUCGUUUUGUAAAUAUAUUCGGGUGUAUUUUAAAUUAAAUUAUAAUCUUAUGACGUGAAAUUCUCGCACGUAACAACUUUUCAUUUCACGAGAAUAUCCACUUCAGAAUUUUUUUACAGAUAAGAGCAGUCAUAAUAAUAGAUAUAAGGAAAAUAUGACUAUACAUAUCUAAUAGGGACAAACUGUUCUGACGUCCUUGAAAAAUUGAUAAACCUUCAAAUAUAGGAAAAUAAAUUUUACAUCCCUAACCUCAGAUUAUAAAAUAAAAUUAAAAUGGAGCGCUCGAAACGUUAUACUGAAACGACGUCUCCCGUUUUGUUAAAACGUCAAAAGUGUUGUCACUUUAAUUAUUAAUUAUUGAAGUAUUAAAAAAAAAAGAUACGUCGUUUCGCAAUGCCGGAAAUUUGCAUUCGUUCUUGUUUUUGUUGCUUAACUAUAAUGUUCCAAACGUUCCACCCGCCUUUUGUUUUAUAAUCUGUUUAAUUAACAAUGAAAUGGCUUUGAUAUCUCGCGAAUUAUUUAUCUCGGCACUGUAUUAUAAUGUGUGACAUUAAACACUAUAAUAUAAUUAAAAGAAUCUCUAAUCAUUGUUAAACUAGCUGAUUGGCAAUAAAUAUAUUAGAAAAGUAUAACGAUUAGACAAAAGUGAUAAAAAUAUAUAGAAAAUCAAUUGUACAGACAUGUAAAUACAUAAACCCUACUGGUUUAGACGCUUAGCUAGUAACAUGUUUUGUUGCCAUAUUAAUGUUACGUAUAUUAUUAUUUAUAAUUAUUAUUAAGUCAUAAAUUAAUCUAAUAUUAUGUGAUACAGAUUUAUUAGAAUUAAGUUGAUGCGAAAUAUACUUCAUUAUUUAUAUAAUUUCGGAAGUAAUAUGUGCAAACUAAAUAAUAUAAAAUAUGAAUCGAACACUGGAAAUAUUUGUAGAUUUAGACUUUCGGUAAAUUAGAAGGGCCUA